GAUGAUGUCUGGACAAGUCGAGUCUUGCACCGUGCACCGCACUGUUCUCCUUUCAUUUCACUCAGCACUUGCCGCACACGCGAGCGGUUCGCCAGACGUCUACAACUAUGGCUUCGAGUGAACUAUUGAAGCAGAUUCAAGCAGGCAAGAGGUUGAAGAAGGCGGAGACCAAUGAUCGCAGCGCUCCGGUCAUUGAUACGCCCAAGGGCGGGGGAUCAGUUGUUGGCGGGGGAGGUGGUGGUGGAAUAGGAGGUAUAGCUGCAACAAUAGGUGGAUCGAUACCGGGAGGUGGUGGCGGACCUCCCCAGCUCGGGGGCCUUUUUGCUGGAGGAGUCCCGAAACUCAAACCAACCGCACCAAAUGCCAAACUACCGACUCUUGGAAAACCUCCGACCAUACCUAAACGUGAACCGACUGGCGCUGCGGCUCCUCCACCACCGCCUGGUCGGCCUGCACCCCCCAAGCCUCAUGCUGCUGCGCCCAGCAUUCCUUCCCGAAGCGCCCCUGCGCCGCCUCCACCUCCGAGCCUGCCAGCGCGGUCGGCCCCUGCUCCCCCAAGUGUGCCUGCGCGGACGGUACCCGCACCUCCCAAUGCUCCCAGUCUUCCGGCUCGGACUGCUCCUGCCCCACCCCCACCUUCCAGUGCACCCGCAUUGCCUCGGAGGGCCCCUCCAGCCCCUACAGACGUACCAGAUCGCAGUAGCUCUCCUGUUCCUCGAUCUGCGUCACCUUCCACGCCGGCUAGGAGCGUCCCGCCGCCGCCGCCAAGAUCGUCCCCUGCACCCGGUCGGCGCCCCCCAGCGGUUCCUGGACGUGCCGCUCCGCCGCCUCCAGCUCGUCCAGUGUCCUCUGCUUCAUCUGCUCCAUUGACGCCAUCCCGAGCUGUUCCGCCUCCUCCUACACGCAAGGCCCCGAACGGUGCAGCGCCUCCGCCUCCGCCCCGCUCAAGGACGAUCUCAGAUAUAUCACCAGCACCAGCACCAGCCUCGCCAGCCCCGCCACCCCCUCCUGGCCCGUCGCCCGCAGCACGGCGUAGUCUAGCCCCACCUCCUCCACCGCCAACGGCGCCUGAUAGGGCCAGAACAUCCUCGCUCACUGCCGCAGCAAGUGCUCCCAUCUUACCUCCAGGGCGCAGGGUCGCGUCCAGCUCGAUUCCGGCGCCAAAUGGAGCCGGUGCCAAUGGCAACCCGACACGCAAAAUUCCAUCACCCCCGCCCAAUGCGGGCUCGCAUACAUUUCCCGUGUCUGACUUCCCACCACCUCGCCCAUUCAAGCCAGCGACCAAGCAAUAUCCUAGUGGGCGGCAACGCGGAAGUGACUUCAGCCUUGCGGAUUUGUAGACGAUUAGUUCUUAGAAGUGUAGUAUACCCAGGAGCAUGUCUGUCGGUGUUAAUCGGCCGAAGAUGGCUGAAUACCUCAUAGAAGCGGUGACUCCC